AUGAGAUUCAAUGCCAAAGAUCUGGCUUUGCUGGCCAGGCGACCAUCAGGUUGUUUUGUCAAGGAAGGAAAACUGAAGAUUUGCCGAGUGGUUGGGGAUGAAAAAUUAAUAGAACCGAGAGAGAGAUGGUGCUGACUGAAAGGAAAUCUGCUUUUUCUAAUGAAAAAUAAGAGUUCUGAAGCCUCUGAAGUGGUAAUCCUGGAGCGCUGCUGGAUUGUGGAGUUCAGGAGUAAAACAGAUGUUUCAAUAGUUCUCAAGUUUCAGAGUGGAGAACCGGAUCUUUACCUUGAAGCGGCAUCAAAACCAGAUUGCGAAUCUUGGGCUGUGGCUCUGGGAGAGGCAAACUCGGAAGGUUUGCAGAAUAAAAUUCAGCAGCUCCGGAGGUUAAUCAUGGAAAUCAAAGAGGAGAGAUCAUCAGAUGAAGCACAACAGUUCCUCCCUUCAUCCCAAGUAGACAGUCUAGGAGAGCCACAGUUUACGAGUAUUCAGAGAAUUGCAAAUGAGCCAAAGCUGGAGUUCAGCCUCGCGUGCAAGGAUCUAGUGGCUGCUACCCGUGAUCGGAAGCUGAAUACGUUUAUACAAGUCUCAGUGGUGCACCCAGCAGAGCACAUUUUGACGAGGUAUUCAAGCACUGAAAUCGUGGAGGGUACAAGAGAUCCACUGUUUUUGACUGGUGUGACAUUCCCACCGGAAUACCCCAUCUAUGAGGAGACUAAAAUAAAACUAACUGUCUAUGAUGUCAAAGACAAAUCUCAAGACACGGUCUGCACCAGUGUCCUACCUGAUCACAAGGAGCCAAGAGCAGAUGUUGGACGAAGCUUCCUGGGCUGUACAACUUUUAGAGUAGGAGACUUGGUAAAGUCAAAGGAGCAACAGUUGACCCUUACCCUCAGGACUUCUGAUGGUGGAAAGACAGUUGGUACCAUUGAAGUCAAUCUUGUGAAGAUGGGAGAGCUAGAGGAUGGGGAAACGGACCACAUCACGACAGACGCCCAGGAUCAAAAGUGUGCGUUGGUUCGUGAAUGUACAGCCACUGAAGGCCUAAGUGGUAAAGACAACUUGCCUUCAUUAAAUGCAGUGUUAAAAAACCCAAUCUGUAAGUUAUAUAGAUUCCCUACUUCUGACAACAAGUGGUUGCGGAUCCGGGAACAGAUGGCUGAGACCACCCUCUCUUUCCAUGUUCCUAAAGAACUGAUCAAUCUGCACAUAAAGGAGGAUAUGAGAAGGAAUCAGGAACUUAAAGACUUGGGAGAACUUGCUCCUCACUGGGAUAAUAUGCGCAAAAGUGUUAUUGCUCACUGUGAUCAAAUGUUGAGCAUGUACCAGGACACUCUUGCAGAGCUUGGGAAGCAUACAGGUUCUUCCUUCAAAUCAAGCUGUAGCAAAGGAGAAAAAACAUUAGAAUUCAUCCCAAUAAAUCUUCAUCUGCAAAGAAUGCACGUGCAUAGUCCUCGAUUGAAAGAUGCUCUGUAUGAUGUCAUCACCGUGGGAGCCCCGGCAGCCCAUUUCCAAGGAUUUAAGAAUGGUGGUCUCCGAAAACUGCUAAGUAAAUUUGAGGCAGAAAGACGAAAUACUGGAUACCAGUGUAUUUACUAUUCACCUGAAAACACAGCCAAGGCAAAAGAAGUUCUCAGCAACAUCAAUCAUCUACAACCUCUUAUAUCAAGCCAUGCAGACCUGCUGCUUAAUUCUGCAAGCCAGCAUUCUCCAGACAGCUUGAAGAAUUCUUUAAAGAUGCUUUCAGAAAAAACAGAGUUAUUUGUGCAUGCAUUUAAGGAUCAGCUGGUCAGAAGUGCCCUUUUAGCACUAUACACAGCCCGGCCUGGCUGUGUCCUCAAGAAACCAGCUGUGCCUAGAAACAGUGCAGAAGAGGGGGGUGAUUUACAGCAUCAGGAUCAUCCUUCUCAGAUUAAAAGACAGGACUCUAUACCCCAUCAUUCUGAGUAUGAUGAGGAAGAGUGGGACAGGGUGUGGGCCAAUGUGGGAAAGAGUUUAAACUGCGUUAUUGCCAUGGUGGACAGACUGCUUGAAAAAGACAACAUCAGCAACAUUAAAGAGGGUGAAAAUGACCCUUCAGCAGCAGAUUGCAAGGUGUUGCAUACAGGUGGUGACUGGUAUGAACAGCUUUAUCCCCUGGUGAUUACGCUGAAGGACUGCAUGGGAGAGGUGGUGACCAGGGCGAAGCAAUCAAUGGCGUUUGUUCUGCUCCAGGAACUUGCCUGUGGUUUGCCACAAUGUUUGAUGCUGACCCUAAGAAGAGACAUCGUCUUCAGUCAAGCACUUGCUGGACUGGUCUGUGGGUUUAUAAUCAAACUGCACACAGGUUUACAUGAUCAAGGAUUUUUACAACAGCUUCAUACUGUUGGAUUGCUUGUGCAAUAUGAAGGACUCCUCAGUACGUAUAGUGAAGAAGCGGGGAUGCUAGAAGACAUGGCUGUUGGAAUUUCAGAUUUGCAGAAAGUAAUGUUUAAAGUCAUUGAAGCCAAAUCAGAAGAUUUUUUGCCUGUUAUAACUGGAAGGCGUGAUCAUUACGUUAUAGAGGUCCAGCUUCCAGCAAAGAUGUUUGAGCUGCUGCCACAAGAGAUUAAAGAAGGAAAGCUACUUCGCAUGUAUCCAGUACUCUUUAAUGUUGGAAUCAAUGAACAGCAAACACUUGCAGAGAGGUUUGGAGAUACCACGUUGCAGGAAAACAUUAACCAGGAAAACUUAGAACUUCUAAAAGAAUAUUACAAGCUGUUUACGGAAAAAAUGCCUCCUGAUUGUCUACCACAUUUUCAAGAACAAAAUGAUUUGAAGGGAUUGCUAGAAAAUCUCCAUCAAAAUAUCCAGGCCAAAAAGAGAAAGAACGUAGAAAUCAUGUGGCUGGCUGCUACGAUUUGCCGUAAGCUGAAUGGAGUCCGUUUCACCUGUUGCAAAAGUGCCAAAGACAGGACAUCCAUGUCAGUGACGCUGGAGCAGUGCUCCAUCUUGAGGGACGAGCACCAGCUUCACAAAGACUUCUUUAUUCGGGCACUGGAUUGUAUGAGAAGCAGACAAACCCAGGGAGCACUGAAUGAAUCGGAUGAUCCCGAAACAGGCUGUCUAACUGAUAACAAGCCAACUUCUCGACACUUCUAUCCUGUCGCCUUGCUGCUUGUCAGCUCACACUUGCUGGUUGUGUGGCUUAUUUUAAGUCUUGCUUUGCUAUUAGCCAAAUAUCAAUAA